AACCAAAUUGGUGUUUGGUCGAACGUCGACGUCGGGGUAGUUGUGUAGUAGAAUUUCAAACAAAUCUGAGAGUUUCUUCAUUUCUGUUUAUUUUGUCAAGUGAUGUAAAAUAUAAAGAUGUAAUGUAAUGUUUAUAAAAAUCCAAUAGAAUUCCAUCCACGAUAAUUUAAAUAUUACCAAAUUGCGGAGUGUUACACUUUCCUUUCACGUUUGUCUCGUUUGUUAGUGGUCAUUCAUGUUAGCUUUGGAAGGCCUACCUAUGAAUAAUACUUAGUUUAAGACUCUGAAUAAUUACUAACUGGCAUAAGACUGUAAUAGGGCUUCUACAUGUUAGAAGACAUCAUAUUGGAGUUUCGCAGUGGCGAGUGGCAAGUGUUGGUGAAGACAGCGAUGUGAUGAGUCACUCUAGGUCCGCGAGUCCUUCACUGAACACGCUGGGGUGAACACCUCGGGCAGCCAUGUUGAUCAAGGAGUACCACAUCCCUCUGCCCCUCACCGUAGAUGAGUACCGCAUCGCCCAGCUGUACAUGAUAGCGAAAAAAUCGCGGGAGGAAAGCAAAGGGGCUGGCAGCGGAGUAGAAAUCUUGGUGAAUGAGCCAUACAACGACGGCCCUGGCGGAGAGGGGCAGUACACUCGUAAGAUCUACCAUGUAGGAAGUCAUCUACCAGGAUGGAUCAAGUCUCUUCUGCCCAAGUCAGCACUCAGUGUGGAGGAAGAGGCGUGGAAUGCUUACCCUUACACCAAAACACGCUACACUUGUCCGUUUGUGGAGAAGUUCUCCUUGGAGAUAGAGACCAAAUAUCUGCCGGACAACGGAAAUCAGGAGAAUGUCUUUCAACUGAGUGGUAGUGAACUGCGCAACAGGAUCAUUGAUUUGAUUGAUGUGGUGAAAGAUCAACUGUACGGGGGAGACUAUGUUAGAGAGGAAGACCCUACGAUAUACCAGAGCCAGAAGACAAGUCGGGGGCCUCUGACAGAAAACUGGCUGCAGGACUACUGGAAUGAGUGCAAGGGGAAACAAAUGCCUCUUCUCAAUGGGAAAUCGCUAAUGUGUGCCUACAAGCUAUGUAAGGUGGAGUUCAGGUAUUGGGGCAUGCAGACCAAACUAGAGAAGUUCAUUCAUGAUGUUGCUCUGAGGAAGACCAUGUUGAGAGCUCACAGACAAGCUUGGGCGUGGCAGGACGAGUGGUAUGGAUUGACUAUGGAAGACAUUAGACAAAUAGAAAAACAAACACAAGAAGCUCUCAAGGCAACCAUGGCUGGUAUGGAGGACGGGGAGGGAGGAAGUAAGGAAGAUGGGGAAGGAGCGACACCGACAACCAACAAGUCUCUGGCCGUGACACUGGGCAGCAUAGAGAAGACAGAGCCUGAGGUGGCGAGUCCGGUGACCAGCCACAGAGACAACAAACCUAACAACACCAGCAGCGACGCAAGUCCUGACGACUCUCCCUCAGACAUCAUGCACAGGGACCUCCAAGAGAAUCGUAGAGCCGUUUGGACGAGGAGUAACUCCAAAGCUCACCUGUCUCCGACGACGGCGCAGAGCUUUGACAUUGCCACGGCAUCAUGGCGGAUGGAGAGCAUCGUCCGAGAUUCCGACGACGACAGUUGCGACGAUGAUGACGAAUUCUUCGACUGCCAGGGGUUUGUUAUCCCUGCCAUUAAGGAAGACUCUGCCUCACUAGCGAAAUGGAGUUCUCUAAAUCUUCUCACGGAAGAAGAUGACUCCAUGUCUCCCUCUGUCAUUGUUGAAAAACAAGUUCACGAUGACAGCAUAUUCUGUGGAACGUACCUUAAGCGAGCUGCUAGUGAGAGAGGUCGUAGUGUAGAUAUCAGCUGUCCAGGAAGUCCGACGCUUCACUCGACCAAUCAUCAGAGCUCGUGUACCACCACUGUGCUGCUACUGGUGCUGCACGCUGGCAGUGUGCUCGAUGCUAACGUUGACCUGACUGCCAAGAAGAGUGAUAUAACCACAUUCCGAGGGGCGUUUGAGUGUGUUAUCCGCUCCCACUACCCCACACUAGUAGGACACAUUCAUAUCAAGCUGGUUUCUUGUCCGUCCAUUUGCACUGAUAGUCUCAGUGUUUUGUCCAGCUUGAGCCCGUACAGUUUUGACGUAUCUCCUUCAUGCAGUGACACUCCCCAUGUGACUCAUGACUCUGUACCCAUCGGAGCCAUCCCUCUGCUGUCCACAGCCUCACCAGAGUACCAAGAUGCUAUCAGUCGCACCAUCAGUGCUGCCAACCUGGCCUACCAAGACUUUAUCAGGAGUGAGGAGGGGAAGGGGUUCAACGGUCAGGUUAACCUGAUAGGGGACUCCAUGGGAUCCAUCUUGGCGUAUGAUGCCUUAUGUAGAUCCAACUCAGAUGCAACACCCUCGCGACAAGAGAUAGACAAUAUACUGGAUGCCGAGUUUACAGUAGAGAGUCAUCUUACAGCUCCUUUACCAAGAAGAAGAUCAUCAUCGACAAGUGAGCAGUCGAGUCAAAAGUUUGACUUUGAAGUGAAUGAGUUAUUUAUGUUUGGCAGUCCACUUUCGCUUGUCCUUGCCUACAGAAAAAUAGCAUCUGUCGAUGAAAAAACAAACCCCAUCCCCAGGCCGGCAGUCCAGCAGGUGUAUAACCUCUUUCACCCCACAGACCCCGUAGCUGUGAGGUUAGAACCCCUCAUAUCAGCCAGGUUCUCUAUCCUACCACCAGUCAACAUUCCACGCUACCAGAAGUACCCUCUGGGCAAUGGACAGCCGUACCACCUCUUGGAGAUUGUCCACACCAAUCCGCAGCUCUUCACAGAAGGCCUUAGUGUCGCAUCUCCCUCCAUACAUUUGCGGAGAUUGUCUGAGGUCAGCAUCCAGAGCACCAUGUCAGGAGUGGUGGACUCAUUGCCUCUCCACACCAUCAACCAACUUACACAGAAGUGGUGGGGGGCCAAAAGACUGGACUACGCUCUCUACUGCCCCGAAGGCCUGGCUAACUUCCCCACCAAUGCACUUCCUCACCUGUUCCACGCCAGCUACUGGGAGAGCUCUGAUGUCAUUGCCUUUAUAUUGAGACAGAUCUGCAGGUUUGAGUUCACACCCAAUUUAACACAAGACGAAAAAGACCAGUCAAACUUUAAUCCAGGACAACCAAGAGAAAAAUGGAUUAGGAAAAGGACAUCAGUGAAAUUAAAGAAUGUGAACGCCAACCACCGAGCCAAUGAUGUGAUAGUCAAGGAAGGAGCAGCCCAGACACUGAUGGCCAGGUUCAUGUAUGGACCUCUAGACAUGAUAACACUGGCAGGUGAGAAGGUGGACAUCCACAUUAUGAGGGACGCUGGCAGUGGGGAGUGGGCGUAUCUGAGCACAGAAGUGACUGACAAGACUGGACGAGUCACCUACACUAUACCAGACGACAAGGCACUCAGCUUUGGAUUGUACCCAGUUAAAAUGGUUGUCAGGGGUGACCACACAUCUGUGGACUUCUCUUUGGCUGUGGUCCCUCCCAAGACAGAGUGUGUAGUGUUCAGCAUCGAUGGAUCAUUCACUGCCUCUGUCUCAGUCACUGGCCGAGACCCCAAAGUGAGGGCUAGUGCUGUGGACAUAGUCAGACACUGGCAGGAGCUAGGCUACAUGAUAAUCUACAUCACAGGACGGCCAGACAUGCAGCAGUCCAGAGUUUUGGCCUGGCUUUCACAACACAAUUUCCCCCAUGGCCUUGUCUCUUUUGCUGAUGGACUCUCCACAGACCCUCUAGGCCACAAAGCUACAUACCUCAAAAACCUGAUACAGAAUCAUGGAGUGAUCGUGCAUGUUGCUUAUGGAAGCAGUAAGGACAUCAGUGUCUACACAGCCAUUGGCCUUAAGCCCAAACAGAUCUUCAUCGUUGGGAAGGUUUCCAAGAAACACCACUCUCAAGCUACAAUACUAGCGGAGGGUUACGCAGCGCAUCUGUCUAACCUGCUGUGCCAUGGAAACUCUCGUCCAGCGCAAGGCAACGCGCGGAUGGUCCUCGUGCCACGAGGCUUUGGUCACAACGCUUCAAUCCGACGAAGAAGGUGUGGAGCAGGGAUCGUGCCGAAACGAACAGACGUUUGAUCCGGCUCUGCCGUUUAAUUGCGUUUGAGUCAAGUGUUUUGCGCAGGUCAGCCAAGCGUACAACGUCGUUCCCCCUGAGUGGAGUGUCAACGCCGCCCCCCUCCAUCAGCUCUGAGCGACGCCACGACAAGCUGUGACGAUGGUCACUGCUCUGCGGUCACCGAGACAACGUUUAGCUGUAUUUGUUGUUUCUCCAACCAUUACCAAGUAUUGCGGGCAUUCUUGUAUAAACAGGUUUCAAGUUAAAAAAAAAAAAAAAAAAAACUACUUUGUUUUAUGAAUACCUAAAUUCCAUCGUUUUAUUGUCACUUAAGGUUUUGCAAAGAGACCUUUUUAAGUUGCUAGUUUCAUUACAUAUGAAGGUUGUAUUUAGCAUUUAUAUAUAUAUUUUUUUUCUUCUUAAUUUUGUAUUUUCCAACAUGAAACCUUUGAUUAUUUUUUUGUAUUUAUUUUGGUAAUAUUAUUUAUAGUAUUUAUUUUUAUUGUAUUUAUAUUAUUUUGUAAUCUUUUAAUUUUAUUUACGUUUGGAAAUUAUCAAUUAAAAUAGCACAUGUUGUAAAAAAGAUAUCCUAAAAGUUUGUAUCUGUUAUUUUAAAAUGUACACAGGACUUACAGACAUAAUAACAAGUGUUUUGUGCAGAAAGCUCGCAAGACCCACGUUACUAGUUUGUAGUUAAAUGUGCGUGUGUAGCCGAGAUCUCACACUCUAAUGGCUGUGAGCGAUUGAAAUUAUAACGAACUGUCGUAAAUUGUACAGGUGAUAUUGUUUGCAUUCCUUCACUACAACUCCUUUACAUAAUAACUGUAAAAAAAUUAAUUUUUUUUUUAUUUUUUAUUCAUGGUUAAAAACUAAAUUUAAACUGAAACACAAAGCUGUUAUAUCUUUAAAAUGCUCACUUUCUAAACUGGAGAUUGCCUGUUUGACCCUGUGAAGUAUUGUUUCUGGAUUUAUUCACUAUUUUUCAUUGGGCUAUAAGUUAACAAUGCUUUCUAACAACAGGUGUAAGUUAAAUAGUAAAAGUACCAAGGUUUAAUAUGUUUCCAUUAAAAAAAACAAGCGCAUAUAUGCAACGCUUGGAUAUGCAAAGAGAUUGAAACAUUUUGUGAACAUUUCAAAUUGGUUAGGUUUUGCAAAUGUGAGUAGGUACCUCGGAGCACUUAUGGAAUUUUGAGCAGUCUCCUAGUCUACCAGUAAUCAGUAUUGACGAACUAUUGUAAAAGGUUGAGUGAUUAAUUUCUACAUUGAACCAUUAGUACUUUUACUUCUGGUUACUACUUUACUUGACAGUUGAUAUUAAACCUGAACCUAAUUCAAGUCUAUGUAUUAAACAGUGAUUCAACCCCUCUUUACUAAUACAGCUAAAGAGUUGAAUUUAAAGCCAUGACGUGAACAUUAAGAAAUAUAGUUUAAAUGAUUUGUUUAUUGUGAAUGACUAACAGACUAACCAUCCUCCAUUCCAGGUGCCUUAUCAGUCUGCUUAGUACUGUUUUUCUGUUCUCAGCUGUAUCAUCUGCACAGUUUACAAGUUCUCACCAUAUGACGCUUAUAGAUGUUAACACUCUCUGCAACUAAAUGUUGUGUGUAGAAUAGAGUUGUUGCUCUGUAUAUAAACUGAAUGUUCUGUCUUUAAAGUUUAUCGAUUGUUUAGAGUUUUUAACGAUGUAUUUAUAUUUUAUAAAGUGUUUAUACAUAUUCUAAAAGUUUUACUCAAUAGUUUCACAAGUUCAAAUAUGUUGUUAGACAUUUUUUUUCUUUUGUGAAAUUUAGCUAUAAGUUUCACGCUGUAAGAUAUAUUUAUACAGUGUUGUAAAUGGUAGUUUUGUGUUUGCUUCCAAUUACAAUUUGCGUUUUACAAUUGUUUACCCUGUUCCAAUCGCUGUUUCUGUUAUGUUUAAUAUUGAUCUCCUUUGUCGAUGUUUAGUGGCUCGUAUUUCUUGUUAUCAUUAGUCAGAAGUUGGUCAUAAGUUGUGCUUUUUUUCAUUGUAGUUCUCCGUGUUGGAUUCUUUUGUGAAUGCCUAGCUAGACCAUGUAGCUGUGUGUUGUAAAUAAUAAACUGUAAAAACUGCAUUUAAAUUUUUAUGCCCUUAAA